AUGGCCUUUCCUUGGUAUGCUAUUGGAUACGAGACGAGAAACUCGUGCCGCAAGUACAAAGUUUUGAGAUAUAAUAAAUAUGGUGGGUACGAAAUCUAUGAGUUAUACUCUAAUUCAUGGAGGGUUCUUGAUGUCAAGUCAACCAUAUGGGAAACAUGGUGUCAUCAUAAUGGCAUCUCUGUGAAAGGAAAUUCUUAUUGCUAUAUUUAUCAAGAAGAACCAUUCGGCGGAAAGGCGAGAGAAUUCUUGUUUUGUUUUGAUUUUACAACAGAAAGAUUUGGACCGCUUAUGCCUUUUCCGUUUCAGAGUAACCAAAACUGUAUUGUGACUCUCUCUACUGUUAGAGAAGAGCAACUUGCCGUGUUAUGUCAGUACUGGAGCUGGGAUAGGUUAAGGAUGAAGAUAUGGAUUACUAAUAAGCAGAUUGCACCCAAUGACGUAUCGUGGAACAAGUUGUUCUUAGAAGUGGAUAUAUUUCUUCUAAAUCCACGAGCUGGACGUGAACUUGACGUUAAAAAUGGGUAUUUCCUCGUUGACGAGGAGAAGAAAGUAGCUGUGGUUUUUGAUAACAGCAAAGGGAAAGAGCACACAGCUUUUAUAUUUGGAGAGAAUGGAUGCUAUGGAACAGUGGAUCUGGGAAAAACUGUAGACAAACUUUAUUGGUCUCCAUUUGUGUGCUCUUAUAUUCCAAGUUCAGUGCAAAUCUAG